AUGAGUCAUCCAACGCAACGACGACAAGUCGGUGUGGCUACCUUCAAGUUGUCCAAGCUACGAACGCUCUAUAACACGACAGGGAAUUACUACAGCACAAGAAAGACAAGACCGUACCACUAUCGAAUGAUCUUCGUGUCCGACUGCGACCACGAUGUCACUCAAGUCCAUAUCAGAUAUUUGGAAAAAUAA